CAUCAGCUCCCACAUUCUGGGCUGGAGGAGGACGAGGAGGAGGUUUUGGGAACCGCGAGGGAAUAUCGAAGAACACUCGGGAUGAGGAGAAAGACUCUUGGACUGACAAGUUAGCCUUCAACAACCAAAACAAGAUCUCCAUCAGUCUUCCUUUCUUAUUCCAUUCACUCUUCAUCCUUUCCUAAAAGGCAUGGUAAACAUAAAGGCUUUGCACAGGACUUCAAUGCCUGAGGCCAGAAUGGGAUUAUUAGCUCCUUUGCUAACCUUCUGGCUCCUAGCGCUCCUGGUUCAGUCCAGCGGGCAGACAUUCACUAGCUUCCACCCAGAGCGGCGGGACUGGUUUUUCAACCACCUCACUGUUCACCAAACCACAGGAGCCGUGUACAUCGGCGCCGUAAACCGUGUGUACAAGCUCUCGGGAAACCUGACCCUCCUGGUGUCGCAUGACACAGGCCCAGAGGAUGACAACAAGGCCUGUUACCCACCCCUGAUAGUGCAGCCCUGCUCAGAGCCUCUGGUCUCGACCAACAACGUCAACAAGCUUCUUCUCAUCGACUACUCGCAGAACCGUCUGCUGGCGUGCGGCAGCCUUUACCAGGGUGUCUGCAAACUCCUUCGACUGGAUGACCUUUUUAUUUUAGUGGAGCCUUCCCAUAAGAAAGAGCACUACCUCUCCAGUGUCAACCAGACUGGGACCAUGUACGGGGUCAUUGUGCCCUCACAAGGCCAGGAUUGCACCUUGUUUAUCGGUACUGCAGUUGAUGGAAAACAGGACUACUUCCCUACCAUAUCCAGCCGAAAGCUUCCCCGUGACCCGGAAUCUUCCGCAAUGCUUGACUACGAAUUGCACACCGACUUUGUUUCCUCUUUAAUCAAGAUACCAUCAGACACGCUCGCACUCGUGUCCCACUUCGACAUCUACUACAUUUAUGGUUUUGCUAGUGGCAGCUUUGUGUACUUUUUGACUGUUCAGCCCGAGACACCAGAGAACGGCAUGUCGUCAAGCGGCUCCGCCAGUGACCUCUUCUAUACUUCCCGCAUCGUUCGCCUCUGCAAGGACGACCGCAAGUUCCACUCAUACGUCUCCCUCCCCAUUGGCUGCGUGAAGAACGGCGUUGAGUACCGGCUCUUGCAGGCCGCCUACCUCGGCAAGCCGGGCAGCAUCCUCGCCGCGUCGCUUCACAUCGGUGUUCAAGACGACGUGCUCUUCGCCGUAUUCUCCAAAGGCCAGAAGCAGUUUCACCAUCCGCCCGAUGACUCCGCGCUCUGCGCCUUCACUAUCCGCGACAUCAACGCACGCAUCAAAGAGCGCCUGCAGUCCUGCUACCAGGGCGAAGGGCACCUGGAGCUCAACUGGCUUCUUGGGAAGGAUGUGCAGUGCACCAAAGCACCGGUGCCCAUCGAUGACUCUUUCUGCGGUCUGGACAUAAACCAGCCUCUCGGUGGCUCCCAGCUGGUGACUGGACACACCCUCUACACUGAGACCCGCGACCGGAUGACCUCAGUCAUCUCCUACGUCUACAGUGGCUACUGCGUGGCCUUUGUGGGAACAAAGAGUGGACGCCUUAAGAAGAUUCGCAUUGAUGGCCCUCCUCAUGGCGGCGUUCAGUACGAGACAGUGUCGGUCAUGAAGGACGGCAGUCCCAUUCUCCGAGACAUGGCUUUCUCCCUGGACCGUGCUCACCUCUACGUCAUGUCUGAAAGACAAGUGACCCAAGUUCCCAUUGAGUCCUGUGAGCAGUAUGGGACGUGUGGCGAGUGCCUGAGCUCCGGGGACCCGCACUGCGGCUGGUGUGUGCUGCACAACAUAUGCUCCCAGAGGAACCGUUGCAGUCGUGCAAACGAGCCAUACCGUUUCGCUGCAUCUUUGGACCAGUGUGUGAAGGUCACCGUGUACCCAGGCAGCAUCGCAGUGUCUGAUCCUGGUGUACCAUUGUUGGUGAAGGUCACCGAUGUGCCGGACCUUUCGGCAGGUAUAACCUGUUCCUUCGGCAAUCUGACAGAGGUGGAAGGGCAAGUGAACGGUAACCAGAUACUGUGCGUGUCCCCUGCUGCAAAGGACGUCCCCCUCAUCCCUUCCGACCAAGAUUGGUCAGGUGUCGAGCUAAGACUCAAUUCAAAGGAGACCGGUCAGAUGCUCAUUAGCACCGAGGUCAAGUUUUACAACUGCAGUGUCCACCAACUGUGUCUGUCCUGUGUGAACAGCGCCUUCCGUUGUCACUGGUGCAAGUACCGCAACUUGUGCACGCACGACCCGUCCAGCUGUUCUUUCCAGGAGGGAAGAGUUAACGCCUCUGAGGACUGUCCACAGCUGGUGCGCUCUGAAGAGAUUCUAAUCCCGGCGGGGGAGGUGAAGCCCAUCACCCUGAAAGCCAAGAACCUGCCACAGCCGCAGUCUGGUCAGCGGGGCUACGAGUGCGUCCUUCACAUCCAGGGGGUCAGCCACCGUGUCACCGCCCUCCGAUUCAACAGCUCCAGCGUGCAGUGCCAGAACAGCUCGUACUUGUACGAAGGGAUGAAAAUCAGCGAGCUGCCCGUGGAUUUCUCCGUAGUGUGGAAUGGCAACUUCAUUAUUGACAACCCAGAGAACAUUCAGGUGCACUUGUACAAGUGCGCAGCCCAGCGGGACAGCUGCGGUGUGUGUCUGAAGGCCGACAGGAAGUUCCAGUGUGGCUGGUGCAGCGGAGAGGGGAAGUGCACCCUGCGUCGACACUGCCCUCCCAUCAACCCCUACACCACCCGCUGGCUGAACCUGUCCAGCAAAAACGUCAAGUGCACUAACCCACGCAUCACUGAGUUGACCCCGGUGGCCGGACCCCCCGAAGGAGGCACACGGGUGACUAUCCAUGGCACCAACCUCGGUCUUUCCUUCUCAGAUGUGGUCAGCAAUGUGGAGGUGGCCGGAGUAAGGUGUGCUCCUGUGCAAGACGGUUACAUCAUUGCUGAACAGAUUGUGUGCGAGAUGGAUGUUGCCCCUGCGGACAGUCAACCUGGUCCAGUCCAGCUUUGUGUCGGGGACUGCAGACCCGAACUCAGAGCUCGAUCCAGUCAAGUCUACUCCUUUGUGACACCUACAAUCACAGGUGUGUCACCCAGCAGAGGUCCAGAAUCCGGCGGCACCAAAGUCACAAUCAUGGGCGAAAACCUUGGUGCUGGCAGCAGCGUCAGUGUUCAGUUUGGAAACCAGACGUGUGAGUUCUUCAGUCGAACAAUGACGGAGAUUGUGUGCUGCUCCUCACCCUCCCUAUCCGGCAUCAGCCCGGUCCAGAUCAGCGUGAGCGUGGACCGCUCCCAAAUCAGGGAAAGCCUCACCUUCGAGUACAUUGAGGAUCCCACCGUUGUGCGCAUUGAACCCGACUGGAGUAUUGCCAGUGGCCACACCCCCUUGAUAGUGACCGGCACUAACCUGGAUGUGAUACAGGAGCCCAGGAUCCGGGUCAAGUAUGCCGGCAAAGAGUCAGUCAAUGUGUGUAGAGGGUUGAAUGCAACCAGCAUGAGCUGCUCUGCUCCCUCCCUGGUGGAGGACUACCAUCCAGGUUUGGACACUGUGAAACACGCGGAUGAAUUUGGCUUCAUUUUCAACAACGUGCAGGCGCUGCUGGUCUACAACAACACCAACUUGCUCUAUUACCCGAAUCCUUACUUUGAACCUCUCAGCACCACUGGGGUGCUGGAGCAAAAGCCAGGCUCUCCCAUCAUUCUCAAGGGCAGAAACCUGCUUCCCCCAACCUCAGGAGGGGUGAAGCUUAACUACACGGUGCUGAUUGGAGAGACCCCCUGCUCGGUGACCGUGUCCGAAAGCCAGCUGCUAUGUGAGCCGCCCAACCUCACCGGACAAUACAAAGUCAUGGUUCAAGUAGGCGGCCUCCAUGUCUCUCCUGGCGCUGUGCACAUCAUGUCUGACAGUUUGCUGACCCUUCCGGCCAUCAUCAGCAUCGCCGCCGGCGGGGGCCUACUUCUCAUUAUUGUCAUCCUCGUCCUGAUAGCCUACAAGCGAAAGUCACGUGAAAACGAUCUCACACUCAAGCGCUUGCAGAUGCAAAUGGACAACUUGGAGUCACGAGUCGCCCUUGAGUGUAAAGAAGCCUUUGCCGAGCUGCAGACAGACAUCAAUGAGCUCACCAGCGACCUGGACAGAGCCGGCAUUCCGCAUCUGGACUACAGGACCUACGCCAUGAGGGUGCUCUUCCCUGGCAUUGAGGAUCAUCCCGUCCUCAGAGAACUGGAGGUAUCAGGCAAUGGCCAGCAGAGCGUGGAGAAGGCCCUGAAGAUCUUUGGUCAGCUCAUCAACAACAAAGUGUUUCUGCUCACCUUCAUCCGAACUCUGGAGAUGCAGCGCUCCUUCUCCAUGAGGGACCGCGGCAACGUGGCCUCGCUCAUCAUGACGGCCUUGCAGGGACGCCUGGAGUACGCCACAGACGUCCUCAAGCACCUUUUAUCAGACCUCAUCGACCGCAACCUGGAGAGCAAGAACCACCCCAAGCUGCUGCUGCGCAGAACGGAGUCGGUUGCGGAGAAGAUGCUCACCAACUGGUUCGCCUUCCUUCUACACAGGUUCCUGAAGGAGUGCGCCGGCGAACCUCUGUUCAUGCUCUACUGCGCCAUCAAGCAGCAGAUGGAGAAAGGGCCCAUCGACGCCAUCACCGGAGAGGCCCGCUACUCUCUGAGCGAGGACAAGCUGAUCCGCCAGCAGAUCGAGUACAAAACGCUGAUCCUAAACUGUGUGAACCCAGACAACGAGAACAGUCCAGAGAUUCCGGUCAAAGUUCUAAACUGUGACACCAUCACCCAAGUGAAGGAGAAGAUCCUGGAUGCUGUCUACAAGAACAUGCCCUACUCUCAGCGGCCGCGAGCAGUUGACAUGGACCUCGAGUGGCGCCAAGGACGGAUGGCUCGCGUGGUGCUGCAGGACGAAGACAUCACCACCAAGAUAGAAAGCGACUGGAAGCGACUGAACACGCUCUUGCACUACCAGGUGUCAGACCGUUGUGUGGUAGCUUUGGUGCCCAAACAGACAUCAUCAUACAACAUCCCGCCUUCAGCCAGCAUAUCGCGCUCAUCCAUCAGCAGAUACGAUUCGUCGUUCCGUUACACUGGCAGUCCAGACAGCCUCCGGUCUCGCGCUCCCAUGAUCACGCCAGAUCUGGAAAGCGGCGUGAAAGUGUGGCACCUGGUAAAGAACCACGAGCACGGAGACCAAAAGGAAGGAGACCGUGGCAGCAAGAUGGUUUCUGAGAUCUACCUGACCAGACUGCUUGCCACCAAGGGAACGCUUCAAAAAUUUGUAGACGACCUGUUUGAGACGUUGUUCAGCACAGUUCACCGAGGCAGCACGCUGCCGCUGGCCAUCAAGUACAUGUUCGACUUCCUGGACGAACAGGCCGACAAACACGGCAUUUACGACACUGAUGUACGUCAUACGUGGAAAAGCAACUGCCUUCCACUGCGUUUCUGGGUGAAUGUGAUCAAGAACCCGCAGUUUGUGUUUGACAUCCAUAAGAGCAGCAUCACGGACGCCUGUCUGUCUGUGGUCGCUCAGACAUUUAUGGAUUCUUGCUCCACUUCUGAGCACCGCCUGGGCAAAGACUCCCCUUCCAAUAAGCUGCUCUACGCUAAAGAUAUCCCCAAUUACAAGAGCUGGGUAGAGAGGUACUACGCCGACAUCAACCGGCUGCCAGCAAUCAGCGACCAGGACAUGAACGCCUACUUGGCGGAACAGGCCAGACUCCACUCCAGCGAGUUCAACAUGCUCAGCGCCCUGAACGAGAUCUACUCAUAUAUCAGCAAGUACAGCGAGGAGAUCACAGAAGCCUUGGAGCAGGACGACCACGCCAGGAAGCAGAGGCUGGCCUACAAGGUGGAGCAGCUCAUUGCCGCCAUGUCCCUCGAGAGCUGAGGGUAGAGAAAGACUGAGGACCGAUGUUGUCUCGACCCGUCGUGCAAUACGGGCGUACGCCUGCUUUAGUUUGUGUCCCAGACUCCGUCCAUCAAGGCACAUGGCCCUCGAGCUCUGAGACCCUAAACCAAGGAAGGGGCAUCAGCAUGGAAGGCCACAACAGUACUUAUUUAUUUAUUGGUGUUGUCUCCCGGGACAUUGUCCAAAUGGAACUUUUGUGCGUGUAAGUGUGCAGUUGUGUGUGUGUGCAGGAGAAAAGCGGAAGGGAUGUCAUGCUGGACUGCUGCAUUCAGAUUUUAUUUUUAUACUCUUUUAAAUAUGAUUAGUUACCAUUGGAACCACCCUCCCAACGCUUCCCUAAAUGUCGGUGUUGGUCUCUCGCACACUCUCCUCCGGAUGGAAGAGUCAAAUGACUAAGAUAGUGUACAGGACAAAUGAGUGAAGGAAAGGGACAGAGGCAGCAUUCAUCUGUAAAUGUAGCAGGUAAAUGGGGCCAAUGUGAAUGUAGAGAAUUUUUUUUGUCAGUUUUUUUCUGGAGCGUAAAUGGAAGUGGGCUUCCAGGAUGUUUUUUGGGGCUCAUAAUUUUUCUGUCAAACAGCUUCUUAAACCUCAAGUACUUCCCCGCAUCGCUGCUCAUGCCAAGCCAAAAUCCUUCAUUUGCAUCCCAUCCUCUUCUUAUCGUCCUUUGUUUCCAUGCUGUCCAACAUCACACACGUCAGCUGUUCAAGCGAUCAAUCCAAGUGCCAAGACGUCGAGCUGGCCAGUCGCAGGCCUCGAUACGACCACAGCCGAUGUCUUUGCAAGAGCAGCAAGAAGCCAAGCUACGUGGGUCUUAUUUGACCGAGUGCCAAAAGAGUCUUGCUCAAAAAUCGGUUAAUGCUUUAAGAGUGGAACUUAGAAGCCUGCUAAGAUUUGCUAAAGGAGAGUGAUGCUAAAGGUACAAAACAAGACAUGAAAGAAAGGAGAUAAUCAUGAAACCAAAACAUCAGACAUGUUGCUUUUGAAUCAUUCAAAUAGUAACCUGAAAACAGUGAGCUUUCUUUCUGCUGGUAGUUUACGUCUUAUGAGUAGAUUUGUCCAUUUUCUUUCAGCAAACAAUCAGCCAACACAGGUAUUAGACAAGGAUCACGUUGUAAUUGGCUGGGCAACCGGGUAACCGGAACAUGUCCAGAACUGCAGUUUAAGUUGGAUUUUCCUAAAGCCCGAUCUAGAGCCGGAUCCUGACUGCGGUUGACUGGCGAUUGCUCCACUGACGAUUAGUCACCUGAUCUGGGCCGACCCGACCAGUUCAUCAGGGCUUGGCAGUGCCAUUGGCGAUGCACCAGAUUGUGAUCGCCAUUAUCCGGGUACCAAGGCAUUGACUGGGAACCGAUCGUAGGCCAGAUAGUAGUCCACAUGUACGCAUGUGGACUGGUAGCCUAUCAAUCAGAGUGCAAUUGACAUAUUACUGAGUGGGAAUCCAUCCAACAACAGCUGUAUAUGAUCACAAAGCUAUUCUGUUCUGUGAAGGGCAGCAAGUGGAUACACAGGAUAAUUGUACUUUUUGCUUUCUAGUGGAAAAGCAUCUAAUAGUGAUGCCUGUCACUAUAUGUUGCUGGCCUAGAUGAAGAUGGAUACUAUUAAGGGAUACUCACAUUGCUUUUUGUAAAUAAUGACUUUCAGACCAAUUCAGUGAAAUUGGAUCAUUUCCCACAUCACAGCUGAUGAUCGCUCACUGCACACUAAUGUUCAGCGACACAGCUGUUAGGAAUUGCUGACUUAAAACAUUUAAUUUUAGAUGCAAGGAGGCAAAUUCUAAACUUGGCAAUGGUGUUAUGGCUCCAUACAUGUUUGUUCACAGCAUAUAGUUGAAACCACGUAGGGUGAAAGGUGGCCUUAGAUACCCUCCCCCUCAGUUUUCCCAAUAUCAUUAGUAGUCGACAAAGCAAAGGUGAAGAAUAGUAUGUGCUGGUUCAGGCAGACAUUGCCCCACUCGCCGUUUGAAGGGACGCAUCGGGGAAUGACGAUGGGGAGGGAGGGGAGGGAUGGUCAGGAGACCCCCUUCAGCUUCCUGCUUCUGCUUUGAAGCUGUUCUUUGAUCGGACUUGCUGGUGUUGCGCCGGAAAUAGUGAGCUAACAGGCAAGAGGAAACCAGGGCAAGGUAAUGACUGUGACGCUGUGGCCAUGUCCUGCCAGUAGGGGCGCACAUGAGAACAUGCCGUGGUCAGUCAACUUCCGUACGAAUACCAAGUCGUGUAUUUUUACUUCCUUUGCAAGCAUAUUCAUCAAACUCACAAUAGGUCCACAAAAUAAUUACAAAUGGUGACAUGAAAAUACUGUUGUCAUGCUGGAUACCUGCUAACCACAAUAGGUGAUGAGGUUUCAUAUAUAUUUUUUAUAUUUAUUUUGAUGUAUUUAUUUGUAAAAAUAAAAAAAUAAAUAGGUCUGUGGACAUUGACAUUCAUACCAAUGUAAAUACCCUUUCAUCUCUGCUUGAUGUUAUUAGUUGUUCCCAAUUGUUAGAUUUUAAUAUUUGAGUAAACUUCAGAAACCUGCAUGCAAAAAUGUUUUUGUUUCGUCGCCCUUUUUUCUUGCAAGUCUUAUCAAUCUCUUCCUCUGCUUAUUGUCACUCAUUUCUCUUAAUAGACCUUUGACGCGGUCCUUUACCUACUACAUUCUAUGCUGUACUAUGAAAAAAAUCCCAGGGGUAAUACGCUGACUCUUAUAUUACAAUAAAACUGUAGCACUAACAGGGGUAAUGUCGGGAAAGCGUGUGCAAGCUCAACUGUGACAAAACUAUUAAGAAUGCUGCAUACGGUCGUCUCUGCUUUAUUGAGCAUUAAAGGAACAUUUACUGAACAUUUAAAGGGGUGACUUCUGUUUCCAUGGCAACCAGCUGGGGUUUUGCAACUAGGCUAGCUGGUACUUGUUAUCCACAGCCCAGAGUCUGAAUAGAAGACCAGGAGCAGGACAUGUUCACUCACAGAGUCAGCACCUCAUCACUAAGCCACCAAAUUGCACUUGUCAAUUAGCGUCCGUGUGGCGGACACAUUGCAAAAUACAAUAGCCACCCGCUGACCUCAUCUUGACAACUUCACCACAUUCGAGUCUGUGGCGGUAAUCAGACGAUAAUGCCUAUAACGCUGUUAGUUAACACUAUUUUGUGACAAACCUCCAGCUCUGCUUACCUUUUGACAUGAUGUUUGUCAAUGGCUGAUCUUCGCCCAGCUAGGUUGCCAAGUCAUAAGCGGAGAAACUUGGUUUGGGGGGUGGUUAUUAUGGACAUGAGUUAGUCAGAAAUUCAGAACGUUAGCUCACAGAAACAUUUUCAGAAAUCGGCAGAUAACUACAGAUUUACUUGGUGGGUUAAUGGGUGGGCAGAGACUCAACUAUUUGUAAACAAGCAGUUAAAAAGUCAAUCUUCCGUAAUACGUCCCCUCUAUUAAGAGAGAGAAGAAUUUUUCAUCAUCAAAACAGUAUCAUUCAGCAAAUAUCAUCAUCUGUACAAAUGUUUUUGUUUAUUUAUUUGUUUUUAUUUUGGAAUACACUGCUUUCAUAGCGCUCAUCGUCUGACGUCAUGUAAAAUCAUCACGAUGCCCAUUUGGUGUGUGUACACACAAUGCUUCUUUUUGAUCAAAGUCUUCAGCGUAUACGAAUUGUAUCCUCCUCAUACCUCACAUUGCUUGUAUGGAGUAAUGCUUUCUAUCAUUUGAAACAGGACCUAAAUGCCUUCUCCUCUUCCAAGGGAUGAAAUGUUUGUCUCAGUGUGUUCACAUUCUGUGCAUUCCGAGGCUUUGAGGUACCUCAUCCCCCAGAGAUUGUCGGCUGAGAGAGUUUUUAAUUUGUGCUUUUAGUUUGGCCUGCUCCUCUAUCUGCAGCUCCUGAAAAUCCAUUUGUGCACCCCGUGAAACACAGCUGAAUGCACCUCUUCGCUCAAAGAUUUCUUUUUUGUUCUAAUUAUUCAAUGAUAGCUUGUUUCCGCACUUUGGAUUCACAGCAUGAGAAUGCUUUUUUGUUUUCUUCUUUUUUUCUUCUUUUUUGGUUGCUCACGUGACAUCUGGAUUGUCACUCCACAACUUGACCUGGAGUUGUUCACGAACAAAAAGAUGCUUUGUGCACUUUUUUAUCCUCUGUUGGUUUGUCGAAGGGCUGAUGUUGUGCUUUUGGCUAGCUCGUGUCAUUCCAUACACCAAAAAAAACAUUUUCUCUGCAGCUAUUAGACAGAGGGAUCAAUGUAUUACUCCCGAGUAGUAAAUGACUGCCCUUCCAUUCAACACAACUUGUAAAAAAAAAAAUUAAAAAAUCUUCGUAGACACUGGAGUUCUGUAAAAUAAUAAUUACUGGCAAUGAUAAUAAUGGCUGUCUGUCCUUGUAAUUUUAUAAAAGUCUUGUGAAAAUUGUAAGAAAAUUAAGGUAUUUAAAAACUGUUGUUCUCUUUUUCUUUACUUGCUUUGAUUUUACGAUUAUAUAUUAUUGUGUACCUAUUGUAAAUAUGAAGCACACCUAUUUUGCAAACCAAGGAUUCAC